AGGCAGUCACAACUAAGUACAGAGAGCUUUGUGAGAGGAUAAGCUUCUCUGUUUUUUGAAGAAGUAAGGUGAAGAGGAAGGAGGUAAAUGAGGAAACAAGGAUUCGACAUGGACUGAAGUAGGACUGAAUCUGGAGGGGAAGGGGCAGUAAUUAAGCCACAUGUGUGGCAACUGUGUCGGUAACCAUAGCGGAGGUACAUGAGAGUAUUAAUUGGCUAAGCUGCAAAAGUCAUGGCAGUUGAAUUUGGAGACCAUAGCAGUGGCUUCCACCACAAUGAAGUAAUCAGAUUCAUUAACAAUGAAGUCCUUAUGAAUGGAGGGGGUCCAGAAUUCUAUAUGACCUUUCGAUCUCGGUCUUGGAAUGAGAUUGAAGACCACCUUCAUAACAUCCUUGUUAAUCCGAAAGUGCCACGUUCCCUCAAGAGGGCUUAUACCUGGAGUGCUUUGGCUUUGAGUGUGAGAGUAGGUGCUAGGCAACGUGAGCAGCAGGCACGAAAAGUUGGGAGGCUACAGGAACAAGUGGGAGAGCGUGAAACAGCUUCCUGGACUCUGGCCUCUGAACUACAGAGGUUGCGAGAGGAGAGGGACCAGGCAGCAGCUCAACUUGUUUCUACACAGACAGCGCUACAUGAGGCAAUGGAUGAGCGUGAAAUACUGCGUGGGAGGCUGCUUCAAGCACAGAGGUCUGCCUUGCCUGAUGUGCGUGAACCUAAAAUGCAACAGGGUAGUGCAUCAGUGUGGUCCCUUGAAAAAGAAGAGCAGGAAGAGUGGCGAUCUAGAGAGACCCAGAACAUGCCCAAUUUGGAGGGCCAGAUGCCUGUCCCACCGGUCUUGUCUUAUUUGCCAGGACUUCCAGGUCCUUGGGUACAAUCAGUGCAACCCUUUCUUCGAAUGCCUGUGCCACAUCCACUACCACUCAAUACUCAAAUUCCCUUGGCAUUCCCAUAUUCAACACCUGUGCCAUGCCCAUUAGUGAUGGAAUCAAGAGCAACAACAGCAGCCAUGGCUACAGUUGUACCUCAGAUAGCUCCUGCAGCAAUCUACCCACCUGGCUUGUGGGUUUCAAUGGGGUCACAGGAAGCAACAGCUUCUGCUUGUGGGCAAACUUUCCAUAGGCAAAACAAAUAUCCUGAGAACAUCAAGGAUGAAAGACAUUUGGAAAACAGUGUAAGCCACUGUGAAGAAGGUUCAAAGAAACCCCAAGAAACACCACUCCAUGGGGACAGCAACAACAACCACAAGGAAAGUCAUGUCACAUCCCAGAAGGAGGUUGUCACUGAAAAGAAAAGUCCAGUGAAGGAGCAGGUAACCGCUGCACUCGAGGUCAACAGUGAUCAUAGCAUAAAGGAAGAACAAGUAAUGCUCCAGAGGAUGACUUCCCAGAGAAAUGAAACCAGCUACACCAAGAAGAAAUAUCCAGGGAAUCCCAGGAAGGUGGUUGACCUAAGUGAUAACAUCAGCCAUAGCACUAAGGAAGAUUCAGUAACUGCCCAGGAAACAGCUACCCAGGUGAACAAAACAAGCCCAACCCUGAAAGAAUAUCCAGGAAUUCUUCUCCAGAGGCCAGACCUGGGAAGCAGUGUUAGCAGUGAACAGAAAGAGAACCCAAAGAUAUCCCAGGGCACAGAUGUUCUGGGAGAAGAUAACACAAACACAUUUCAGCAGAUGACAACCCUGCCUACUGAUGCAAGCCCUAGUUUGAAGAAAGAUCAGGGGACUGACAAGAGCCAGGGCCAAAAAGAAGAGUCAAACAGUUUCCAGGCCAGCCCCCUAAGAAAAAGUUAUUCUCUGACUAAAUGCCCCUCAAAACAACUUCCUCCAAAGCAAAAUAUCAAGCAACCUCAAGCGAUAAAACCCUUCGAAUACAUGCAUCCUCAAGGGGUAGGCGUCUUUGAAUCCAUUCAACCUCAAAGGGUAGGGGCCUUCGAAUCCAUGCAACCUCAAAGAGUAAUGGCCUUUGAUUCCAUGCAAUCCCAAGGAGUAAUGGCCUUCGAAUCCAUGCAACCCCAAGGAGUAAUGGCCUUCGAAUUAAAGCAACCUCAAGGGGUAAAGGCCUUUGAAUUCAAGCAAACUCAAGGGGCAAAAUCCUUUGAAACCAAACAACAGGAGAAACCCCUCUCAUAUCAUACUUCAGCGAAUUGGGUCUGCUCAUUAUGUAAAGCUGUGAAUCGCUCAUGGUGCAAAGGCUGCUUUAAAUGUUCAAAGGUGUGUGCUCAACUUGAGAGGAAAGAUUUUCACCCCAAACCACCUUAUUGAUUUCAGGAAGAUUGUGGAGUUGGUACAGCUGUUCCCGAUUGUAUGACAUCCCUCAGCAGCUCAACUCAUGAAGCUUUUUUAAACUAUUCUUUUCUCUUAUUAAUUUUCUUUUCUUAAAAUAGCAUACAUUUGACUGGAGGCAGCCAUAUGAUAGCACAAUUAAAAACACUGUUAAACUUGUAAUACCACUUUUUCUUGAAAACGAAGACAUCUUAAACAAUUCCUGUGUUUAUGCUUGCUUCUUUUUGCAUUCUACAU